AUGUUCCGUCAGCAAUUGGCCCACAAGACCGGUGAGUCCAAGGCGGCCUACAACGUGAAGACGGAGCAGCUGGUCAACAACUUUGUGCAAGCGAAGAUGCAGGAGUUCAUGCAGCAGUGCAAUCAAGCGGCCGAGAACCGGCGAAAUCAUUGCAAGUGGACCAUUAACGUCCAUUUUUUUUGCAACCGGGAUGGAGGCCAAGAGCUGGUGCUGCAGAAGUUCAAGGAGCAGAUGGCUGAACUGGGAUUUCCCAAUGGAGUGGGAAAUCCGUAUUCUGAGCAUGCAGGGUUAUGGAGGUUGCUUGACCUGACAGCCAAUUGGGAGGCAGAAGAAGUGGCAGCCUGA